GUGAAGUGGUGCCUGUGCGCGUUCACGAGACGUACACAACUUUGUUCCCUGGAAACGAAUUCUCUGAGUGACGGUUUGUCAAGAUGCACCUCUGCGCGAGACACCUAACGGCAAAUUAACGUUAGAGUUUUCUUCUGAAGAAAAACUUUAACAUGGACUUAACGUACUGCUGACUGACGACGGAGGAAACGUCUUCCUUUGUUUGCUCACCAGGCUGUAAAAAAACAGAGGUAGUACUGACCGGACUUUGAGUUGCCUGCGAAGACUAACUUCACCGAGCUAGCUAAGCUAGUUAGCCCACUAAGCUCCGCACAGACAGUAAACGGUUGUCUGUUGCUCAGUUGCAGCAACAACUUAGUAGAAAGAGGACCGUCCUUCUCAUGGAGACACACGGCGGCUCAAAAGGCAAGUACAUGGAGCUACAGUCACCUCAGCUAACCAUGAGUCUUCUGGAGCACCCUGCACGGAGCAAGCCCCCCUGUCUGUAGGAACCUGAGAGAUAUGUGCACCGAGACAUGAUACGGCAGAAAUGCGUGCAAAUGUUACAGCGAGGCAAUAGGCCAGGCAGGAAAUUGGAGUAAAGCUGAAACAUAAGGCUUUGCUACCUAACAGCUUGCCAGCUUGUGUGUGUGUGCGUGCUCGAAGUGCCUAUGGCGGAGUUUGGGGAGGACGGCAGCCUGCCUCCAUUGAAUCUUGGGGAUAGGACCGUGCCCAGCGACGAAGCAGCUGGCAAGACGCAUUGCGAAGUGUCGGUCUUGAAUGGAGACUGUGGGAUAUCAGAAAAUAUGGUCGGAUCGGGAUCCUUCGUCGCACCUGGCAGCCAAGCCGGGCUGGAAAGCGCCAACACCUCUGCCGGAGUGGAAGCCAAAUCUGAAAUACCACGCAGGAGCAGCAUUAUCAAGGAUGGCUCAAGACAGCGUAAAGAAAGAAAGAAGACUGUAUCAUUCAGCAGCAUGCCCACAGAGAAGAAAAUUAGCAGUGCAAGCGACUGCAUCAAUGCAAUGGUGGAUGGUUCAGAGCUGAAAAAAGUACGGUCCAAUUCCCGCAUCUACCACCGCUACUUUCUCCUUGAUGCUGACAUGCAGUCUUUGAGAUGGGAGCCCUCGAAGAAGGAAUCAGAAAAGGCUAAAAUUGAUGUAAAAUCCAUCAAGGAAGUGCGGACAGGGAAAAAUACAGACACCUUUAGAACUAAUGGAACCUAUGAUCAGAUAUCAGAGGACUGUGCCUUCUCAGUCAUUUUUGGGGAGAACUAUGAGUCCCUGGACUUGGUGGCAAACACUGCAGAUGUAGCCAACAUUUGGGUUACAGGGCUCAGGUAUCUAAUCUCCUAUGGGAAACACACCUUGAAUAUGAUAGAGAGCAGUCAGAACAACAUGCGCUCAUCUUGGCUAGGUGAACUUUUUGAUGAAGCAGGCGGUAACAACAGCAAACAAAUAACGAUAUGUGCUGCUGUGCAGCUAGUCAAAAAGUUGAACCCGGGACUUAAAAAUGUGAAAAUAGAACUGAAGUUCAAGGAGCUUCACAAAGCUAAGGACAAAGCAGGUUCUGAUGUGACAAAAGAUGAAUUCAUUGAGGUCUUUCAUGAUCUUUGCACCAGACCAGAAAUUUAUUUUCUCUUUGUUCAGUUCUCUAGUAACAAAGAAUUUCUGGAUACUAAGGACUUAAUGAUAUUUCUAGAGGCAGAGCAGGGUAUGGCACAAGUCAGUGAAGACACCAGCUUAGAGGUCAUUCAGAAAUAUGAGCCGUCUAAAGAGGGUCAGCUCAAGGGUUGGCUUUCUCUUGAUGGGUUCACCAACUAUCUGAUGUCUCCAGAGUGCCAUAUAUUUGACCCUGAACAAAAAACAGUGUGCCAAGACAUGAACCAGCCCUUGUCUCACUACUACAUCAAUGCAUCCCACAACACAUAUCUGAUAGAAGAUCAGUUCAGGGGGCCCUCUGAUGUGACAGGGUAUAUCCGUGCCCUCAAGAUGGGCUGCCGCAGUGUAGAGCUGGAUGUGUGGGAUGGGCCUGAUAACGAACCUGUUAUUUACACUGGUCACACGAUGACAUCACAGAUAGUUUUUCGCAGCGUCAUUGACGUUAUCAACAAGUAUGCCUUUGUUGCAUCCGAAUUUCCACUGCUACUGUGUUUAGAAAACCAUUGCUCCUUAAAGCAGCAGAGAGUGAUGUUUCAGCACCUAAAGAAGAUCCUUGGAGACAAGAUACACAUGGAUCCUCCUAAACCAGAGGACUGCUACCUCCCCUCUCCCUUAGAACUGAAGGGAAAGAUCCUGCUUAAGGGUAAGAAACUGAGCACAAACUGCACUGCUUCAGAAGGUGAGGUGACAGACGAGGACGAGGGGGCGGAAAUGUCUCAAAGGAUGAGCAUCGAGUCUGCAGAACAACAGACUAUCGCACUCAAAAAAUUCCAGCUGUCAAAGGACCUCUCUGAUCUGGUGACCUUGUGCAAGUCUGUGGAGUUUAAAGACUUCCCAACAUCUUUCCAGAGUCAGAAGCAAUGGGAGCUUUGCUCUUUCAAUGAGGUCUUUGCCAGUCGCUGCGCCAGUGACUUCCCAGGUGACUUUGUUAACUACAACAAGAAGUACCUUGCACGCGUUUACCCCAGCCCCAUGCGGAUUGACUCCAGCAACAUGAAUCCACAAGAUUUCUGGAAGUGCGGUUGCCAGAUUGUGGCAAUGAACUACCAGACUCCCGGCCUGAUGAUGGAUUUAAACAUUGGCUGGUUCCGUCAGAACGGGAGCUGCGGCUACGUGCUGCGACCAGCAAUCAUGAGGGAGCAGGUUUCAUAUUUCAGUGCCAACACUAAAGAUUCAGUGCCUGGUGUUUCUCCUCAGCUCUUACACAUCAAGAUCAUCAGUGGACAAAACUUCCCCAAACCCAAAGGCUCAGGUGCCAAAGGAGAUGUAGUAGACCCCUAUGUGUAUGUGGAAAUACAUGGCAUUCCAGCUGACUGUGCUGAACAAAGGACUAAAACGGUCACCCAGAAUGGGGACAACCCUCUGUUUGACGAGAGCUUUGAGUUUCAGAUAAAUCUCCCUGAACUUGCAAUGGUGCGAUUUGUAGUGCUAGAUGACGACUAUAUUGGUGAUGAAUUUAUCGGCCAAUAUACCAUCCCCUUUGAGUGUCUCCAGCCAGGUUUUCGCCAUGUACCGCUGCAAUCACUGACAGGGGAGGUUCUGCCACAUACCUUGUUGUUUGUUCAUGUGGCCAUAACCAAUCGAAGAGGAGGUGGGAAACCACACAAAAGGGGACUGUCUGUACGAAAGGGCAAGAAGAGCAGAGAGUAUGCCAGCAUGAGAGUGUUAUUGAUCAAGGCUGUGGAUGAUGUCUUCAAAACAGCCAUGCUGCCACUGAGGGAGGCAACAGAUCUCAGAGAAAACAUGCAGAAUGCCAUUGUGCCCUUUAAAGAGCUGUGCGGCCUUUCAGCAGUGGCUAACCUAAAGCAGUGCAUCUUGGCCCUUUCCCCUCGACUGACUGGACCCGAGAACAGCCCCCUUCUGGUGUUCAACCUAACUGACCAGUACCCUACCUUGGAGCCCCAAGGCUUGCUACCAGAGGUCCUCAAGAAAGUCGUCACCACCUAUGACAUGGUGAUCCAGACCAGCAAGACUCUGCUAGAAAACUCUGAGGGGGUGUAUGAGAGAAUGCUUCACACCCAAAAAGCAGCGAUGGAGUUUCACGAGAACCUCCAUGACUUGGCCGUGAAGGAGGGGCUGAAGGGCCGCAAGCUGCACAAGGCGGUGGAGAGCUUCACGUGGAACAUCACCAUACUGAAGGGUCAGGCAGACCUACUGAAGCACGCCAGGAGUGAAGUUCAGGAGAACCUCAAGCAGAUCCACUAUGCGGCGCUCACCUGUAACCUGACUAAAGGCGGACCAGCCGGCGGCUCCUCAGGCUCCGAGUCCAAGAGCAGACGCAGCCUCGAGGCCAUUCCUGAGAAGGCCACGGCAGAGGAGGAGCUCACCGAUGAGGACAACUAACCACCCCAAAAUCUGCUGUGGUGCUCUAUUGGCACCCUCAUCCAGACCUCGACUCUGUUCCUGCCUCCUGAGCUCAGAACCCAAAGCUCUCUCCUCCACCAAGGCGGCGUAUCAUCGCUCAGCACACAUCAGUGUUUUCCACAUUCCAUCGUGUACAUUCCUGUAUCCCAAGCACAGCUGUAACCUCUUACACGUCUGCCUUGUAAUCAUCAAUAAAAUGCCACCACUGCUCCAAGACACAAAUGCUACCCAAGUUCAGAUCACACAAAGUUUAGACGAGUUGCUGUCCUUAUUUCUAAGUCUUAAGAGCUGUACUGAAAGAUGGAAAAGUAGUCCGGAUUGCCUAGACACACAAACCAAAUCUUAACAUCCAGCAGAAACAUUUAGGGAAAAUGUUGAAAGGAAUUAUAUAUAGAAGUGCUGAUGAUUAUCACAGUGCCAGACACAAAUCCUCAGCUGCCCCAGCAUUAAACUCUCAACCAGUCCUCGUGCAUUAGUCUGCUGCCAUCCCUUCACUGUCUCUCACUUCCCGGGCGAGUUUGGAGAGCCGAGUGAACUACCAGCCACGUGACCGUUAAAGACGUUGACCUACUGUUCAGAGACAGUGCACUUUUACUCAGCGGACCGGGGUGUUACCCGAGAUGACAAAAAGGAAAUGGGGCCCUUGGAUUGUUGGAAGACAUUUCUUAAAGCACAAUUUUUUGGAGUAAUGAAUGUAACAGGACAGAGGAAGAAAAAACAGAGAAAAGUGGACAAAAACAUCAAGAAUGAGAGUAAAGAACUGUUUACAAUACUGAACUUGUUCCAUGUUCUUGUCUGCCAAAAUAGUAUGAGAUACUAUGUGUAUAUAUGGAGUUUCCUGUUACCCUUUUUUUCUGCAGAGUGCAUCAUUUUAUUAUUGUAUACUUGGAAAUAUAAGAUUUAUUUUAUAAAAUAUAUAUGAACAUGUUGGUGGAGAAAAAAAAGAAGAUUUAUUUGUAGAUAACGAGGGUUCGUCACUAGAAAAAGUGACCUCAGAGUUUUCCCGGCGGAGAGCUCGUCCCUGUGGCGACAGAAGGACUAAUAACAGAAUGUAUUCAUACCGUUUGUGGUGCAAACAACAGCGAAGUCUCAACAGCCACAACCAGCAACUGCAUGAGAAGGAACCACGACUGGGUGUUGACAACAUGCACUCAAAAACAGUUUGGACGUUGACACAUUUUCAUAUUUCAGCAUUUCACUUGGGAAUGUGUUUGGCCUUUAUUUUUGGGGCAUGGUCCUCCCAUUUCAGGGCGCUAAAACCAUGAUGCUCUAAAAUGUUAUACAAAUGUAAAAACUCAUUUCACACAUACAUUUAAAUGUCUAGAACCCUUAAAAAGGUGUCAGUUUUUUUUUCCUUCACUCUCUUUUCAGGUGUUCUUUCAACCAAUUCCACCGUUAUUUAAAACACCUCCGUUGAGAAAACAGCCUUGACUGGUUUAAAAAUUCCCUUGUUUACUUGUAAUUAUUUGGUUCAGUUAUUUUACUGAGAGAAUGAUUGAAAAUGCCUCACAGGAAGCAAACGUGAUGUUUCUAGAUUGCAGGCUUUGAAUGGGAGGUCAUGCAUAAAAACAAAGACUACAAUUUCACUUUAAUCGUGCAGUUUAAGCUUUCAGUCGUAACAAAAUGUGUUUCCCUGUCUAAUGCUCGUGGGAUUUGCUAUUUUUCAUCUGGCAGUUAGUGCAGAUCACACACUUCGAGUGUUUUUAGAUUUUGUCUGGGGAACCACUGUGCAGCACAUUUUGGACAGCUCAAAUAUAAAGUCUGGCAGAGACUGCAUUCAAAAUCAGAAUCCAAAGAAAUCUUUAGGACAUUUCAAUUCUGCUCAUCAGCUUUUAAAACUUCACUUUAUUGUGUUUAGCCCAUUUUUGCCUGACUGAAUGUUUAAUUUCCUUUGAUUUAAGUGUUCACUGAGCUUACAGCGGCACUAAUCUGAAGGAAUUUCAAAAAACAAUAGGCAUUUUGCUGAACGAUUUUUCUCAUAAUUUAGUUUUUGGAUCCCAUGGGACAACUCUUUUUUUCUGUAUACUUGUUUUUUUCCCAAAAAAACAGUAGUCCCUUGUGCCUAAAGACGACCACAAGCAUAGUGAAGAAUUUGCCCUCUAUGAAUUCAUAAGUUAAAAAUCAAAGAUAUGCACACAUGCGUAAAACAAAAAAAAAAUCCAAUGGAAAACAUUAAAUGUAAACAAUGUUAAUGUUUUUCUUGAUUUUUCAAAAAUCUUGCCUGAUAAUAAACAUGAUUUCUCAUCCAAUCUAAAAUUUUCAUAGUUAGUAAUACUGUUAGAUACUUGCCCAAAGUUUGUUUUUCAUUUUCUUUAUCAUACUGAACAGUCUUCAGGCACAAAUGGGUUAAGCACCAAGAGAGGAAGCACAAAAUUAAAUACAUUUACAGGUUUCCAAAAAGUAAAUUGUUAAAAAUUAUUAUUUACAAAUAAGUUAUAUUCUGUGACUGGUUUUGAUGUUGUUCCUCAAAGAAAUCUAGAUUCAUUGAAAUCAAACUCUAGUGACAUGGUUGUCUUCUGCCAGACACAGAACUUAUCAAAACACUCUGAUAACGCUUUGUAAGAAUUUAAACUCAGGUCUGUUGAGAAAGAAACUAACUUCAGAGUAAUAAAAGCUUCAGAACCAUUCCUGCUGACAAAGUAGAAUCUGAUCCACAAUCAGCCUGUGACUUAACUGUCACUUUACUGCUAAAACUACAACAAACUGCAUCAGUGGACAAGAAGGAAGAAAGUGAGAAAGAAUUUUUGCCUUUUAAAAUGCCUUUUCCCCCCACAUGUUGCUUCAAUAAUGCUCAUGCUAGCUAUUCAUUCAACAGUCCAUAUUUGUCUUUGUCUUUAUUUUAAAAUCUCACAAGAAAGUUAUGGCUGCUAUUAGGUUGACUUAUUUUCAACUGAAAGGUUGCUUCAAAUGAUCCAUGUAUGACCUGCUAAUGAUAUUUUCAUGACCUAGUGUAUUUGGGCUAGGGCUGAAACUAACGAUUAUUUUCAUCAUCGAUUAAUCUGUCGAUUAUUUAAACAACUAAUCGAUUAGUUGUUUGGUCAAUAAAAUGUAUAAAAAUAUCAAUCAGCGUUUCCCAAACCACGAGAUGAUGUCCUCAAAACUCGUUUUGUCCACAAAACAAAGAUAUAUUCAGUUUAUUGUCAUAAAGGAACAAAGAAACCAGAAAUAUUCACAUUGAAGAAGCUGAAAUUAGAGAAUUUGGACUUAUUGUCUUUAAAAAACUGCUCAAACCAAUUAUUCAAUUAUCAAAAUAGUUGACGAUUAAUUUAAUGAUCUAUUAUUGUUUGAUUAAUCAAAUAAUUGUUGCAGCUCUAAUUUGGGCUCAAAGAUUUGAUAAAAAAAAAAAAAUUAUUUCCAUUUUUUUAAAAUUGCAAUAACUUCUGUAAAUUAAUCUGUUGGCCUGUACUUGUGCUUUAGUCCAUGCAGAUACUGUCACAAUUCACACUUUAAGCGGUUAAUGCAAGUGUACUUUUAGGUGUAGCGGGCGGGUUUUAAAGAUACAGAGAAGAAGAAAAUGGGCACCCACGAGUCUCCCCUUUACACAGAAAUAACCAUUAUUAAAAGCUUCAGUCUAAGAUUAAAGAAAGCAAUUAAUUAGUUGUUUUUAUUUGAUUGACAGCCCUAGUCUGUACAAAUUAGCCUUAAUAAUUUAAUUUGGCAUAACUGUGGCCACAUCUUGCCUUAAAGUAUUUCCAUUUAUAUUUUGGGUUCAUUAGUCAAAAUAUUGAUCACCAGCAACAAAUUAAUUCCAAACAUACAAUAACUGUUAAUCUCUUGACACAAGAUUAUUUGGAUUGUUAAAUGAAGCCCUAGCAUCUUUUUUUCUUUUUUUAAAUGUGCUCACAAUGUUGUUCACACCUCCUGCAGAUCACAUGACUCGUGACAAAAAAAAAUGUUGUCUCUGAAUUUCAGUGCUGUGCCCGUCGGCGUAUUUCUAAGUGUUGUUCAAAGGAUGAGAAAAAGAAGCAUUUCAACUGUACUCCAGUCUCAUGUUUUCAUCUGUCAAGUCCAAAAAAAAACGAAGAAAAAAAACGAAAAAAAAAACAACAACCUCCGAAUAAACAAUGUUGGAUAGA